AUGGCACCCUUCCUCGUCGUUGUUCUGGCCUUUGUGGCUGCAGUAAAUGCUGCCGCACUUACUGCCAAUUAUCCUAUCAACGCGCAACUACCUCCAGUCGCACGAGUAUCACAGCCAUUUCGAUGGGUGUUUGCUGCCAGUACUUUCGCCAACUCAGACUCGGAUACCAAAUACUCACUUUCAGACGCUCCGUCAUGGCUUUCUGUGGAAGAUGGUACCCGUGUACUAUCUGGGACUCCGGGAUCGAAUGAUACUGGGUCCAAGAAUUUCAAGCUAGUCGCUUCGAAUGGAGCAGAGUCUGAUAGCAUGGACGUUACCUUUAUCGUAACCACAGAUCAAGGUCCAACCAAAGGCACGCCUCUCCUACCACAACUAGAGGCAUUGGGACCCGUUUCAUACCCAGCGACACUUUUCAUACACCCCGGCCGCCCGUUCGCAAUUGAAUUUGAUCCGUCGACGUUCCAGAAUACCCACCCUUCGACAAUAUACUAUGGCACAUCGCCUAAUAAUGCCCCAUUGCCAUCAUGGAUCAGCUUCGAUGCUGCGGCCCUCAAAUUUGUCGGCAACACCCCGGCCUUUCCAGGAGCUGAACCUGAGACCUUCACAUUCCAGCUCAUUGCUUCCGAUGUGGCUGGCUUUAGCGCCGCGAACAUGACCUUCCAGCUCUCGAUUGGCCCACAUAUACUCGCUUUCAAUGAAACGGCGCAGACAUUCAAUCUCACUAGAGGCGACAAAUUUACCAGCCCCGGUUUUCAGAGCCUACUUUCAGUGGAUGGCUCGCCAAUCACUAGCAAGGAUGUGGCCAAGGUUGACGCCACUCUACCUGACUGGUUGUCAAUGGAUAACGAUUCAAUUUCUCUGAGCGGCACACCUCCCAAAGACGCAGUCAACCAAAACAUCACAAUCACAGUCACGGAUACCUAUUCGGACCAGGCGGCGCUUAUGGUGCGUUUGGAUUUCCUGAAGCUUUUCCUUGACACCGUUGAAGGCUGCGAAGCGACCAUUGGUGAAGACUUUACAUUUGUAUUCAACCAGUCCACAGUCACCGACUCCUCCGUACAACUCGACGUUGAUCUACCCGAGGAACUAUCGUCUUGGCUUACUUACUUCCCCAGCAAUAAAACGUUGUAUGGCCAUAUCCCGUCGGAUGCCAAGCCACAGAAGUUCAGUAUGGCUUUGACGGCACACCAGGGAAACACCGAGGACACCCAAGAUUUUGACAUUGAUGUCCUUGAACCAGCAGAUACUCAUUCAAGCUCUGGAGAUCCUUUUUCAAGCCAGUCCGCCUCUUCUCACAAAAAAGCCGGAGUAAUUGCCAUUUCGGUGGUCAUUCCCGUUGUGGUGAUCAUGAGCCUGGUUAUUUUAUUCUGUUGUUGGCGCCGGCGAAGCAAGUUGCCUAAGGUGGAGGAAGAGGGCCAAUUCCCAACCAAGUCACCUCCACCACGCCCGGCAAGACCAGAUAUGCCAAACUGCGAGCCUGGGGCUACCGGGAGGAUUUCGCAAGAUGAUAACUCAGAUGAUUGGAUGAGUCCGCUGACCCCUGCUGCUGAUCUUCCCAAGUUGGAGCUUGGACCGGCUUGGAACGUGGCAUCGUUCGAUAAACCAGAAGAAUCUAUGACUGCCAUACCUUCACCAAACCCACCCCCUCGCUCUCCCAAGCGUGCCUUUGUUCCGCUGCGAGAUUCGAUCCGCGAGGAAGACAAGCCACUUUCUCAGUCUCCCCCUAAGCAGUCUCCCACUAGGAAACAAAAUCAGCGCAUGUCAUUCACAAGUAGUCCUCCUGUGCGUCGCCGCCGAUCUACAAACCGCUCGCGACGUGAGCCCCUGAAAGCAAUCCAGCCACGGGCCAUGAAACGCGAGUCUAUGCAGUCAUCUCGUUCCAAGCGAUACUCAAAGAGGUCGAGCGGGAUUUCCACGAUGGCAUCCGGAUUGCCAGUGCGAUUUAGCGGCGCUGGGCAUGGCGCCGGAGGAUUCGGCCCUCCAGGACACGGAAUUGUGCAUAUGUCCUGGCAGAGUACUAAGGCCUCAUUGAUGAGCGAUGACAGCAGCAUGAUGAACAUGACACCACUAUUCCCCAGACCCCCUGCAGCCGCUCGAGGGAGACAUAGCAUGGCAUCCAGCAUCCCUGAAAACUACAAGCGGGUUACAUUGCGUGCAGUAGAGCCUGAUGAAUCAACUAUCUCGGAAGCCGAUUCCUUAGAAGCAUUCGUCCACAGCCGGGCGAAGAGCCGCAACUCCGCCAACCCACUAUUCUCUGCCCAGGUCAGCCGUCGCACAGCAUCCGGCCUGCGCGCCUUAGAACGAGCUCGGAGCAUUCGAAGCCGCGCAGACACAGUUUCCGUAUCAACAUUCACCGAUGAAUUCCGCCAAUCGAUUCAAGAACGUCCACACUCGACUGCACUCUCAGUCUCUGAAUACGGUGACGAGAACCGCAUGUCGCAGUAUCACACUCUUCAGCCUCCACAGACCCUGUUCCCAUUGGCUGAAGGAGGUGGCAAGAGUCAGAGCCAACUUAGCUUGGCGCAGGAUUAUCGUGGGGUCAUCUCACCGCUCCCUCGAUUCUGGAGUGAAACUAGUUUAAGCAGUAAUCGCCGUCUGGAAUCAGGCAAUCACUCCAAGGCUGCAGCUCAGACUGAGGAAAAGUCGUCUAUGCCGCUCAGCUCCUCUAUUGCCUCCGAUCUUGAAGAACACUUGUCUCGGAAAGCAAGCCCUCAGAAGAAUUCCAAUAAUCCCUUCUUGAAUGCGCCGCUCAUGGACCGGCCGCCUCCGAUUCGCGACCUCAGCAACAGGGGCCUUCCCGUUGCGAGCAGUGGUGAACUAGCAUUUGUUUAA